AUUCACUCACAAUCACAACCAACCAACAAAACUCAAACUCAAACUCAUCUGCAAUUGCAAAAUUCCGAGAAUCAAAACAAAUAAACAUGCAAGAGGAUAAGAAGAUGAAGGUGAAGAAAGGGUGGCUGGCGGUGCAGGUGGGGUUGGAAGACGAAGACGGCGGAUUUCAGCGAUUUUCGAUUCCGAUCUCGUAUCUCUACCAUCCUCUCUUCCAGAAGCUUCUAGACAAAGCUCGCGAGGUCUACGGCUACAACACCGCCGGCCCCUUGAUGCUCCCCUGCUCCGUCGAGGAUUUUCUGCAUCUGCGCUGGCGGAUUGAGAAGGAGGCGGCCAGCCACCACCACCAUCACCACCGCCAUCAGCUGCCCGCGCCUUCUUUGUCGUUUCACUCAUGUUGAGAGAGAGAGAGGAGAGGGGAGUUUUUAUUUAUUAGUGAAAGGCUUCCUCUUUCUUGUAUCAUUAAUUGUGUAUUUGUAGUUGGAAAUCAAUGCCAAAGCUUCAGAUUGUUUACAA